AUGAACCACCCCGGCGACGUCUCCCAGCCUCCUGCCUACUCCAACUCCGACCAGUCGAAACCACCGCUUCGAUCGAGAGAUUCAUGGGAAUAUUAUUCCACGGAUGACGAGGCGCCUGAGCCUAGGCCCAAGCCCAGGCAUCUAAAGUCGAAUCGCGAUCGUUCGCGACAAAACCCUCUGGAAGCUCCUGCAAGUUUGAGGGUGGGCGGGCCGCCUCCGAUUCCACAGGCAGCAGACAGCACGGCCCAAGUGGUCUCUACCCCCGCUACUUCUGGCGAUGCAAGCGAUCGUACCCCAUCGAUCCCAGAAGCUCUCCGACCUGGCGGUGCGCCUGGCAGUGCGCAACGCAAGCAAACAAACCCGUUCUUGCGAAAGCCCGUGCCUGCAGCUAGCACCCCGCCGACCGAGCAAUUGUCCAAGCUGGAUCUGAGCGAGGACCCAGUGCGACCCCCAGUAUGGAAGCCAACACUAUCGAGGCAGCAGACUGAAGCCUCAUCCAUAUACUCCCAAGCAUCCGGGCCUCCCCCCGAGCUCCCUCCUUCGACCUCCUCCUACCCCGAUGGUGGCCCCAAGGCUUCAACCGAAAACAUUUGGGAUGCCUUGCCUCCCAACAAGACGCAGUCCAAUGCAGUUGCAUGGCCUGGACCACAUGAUGCAGCCGCGGCGUAUUUGGACUCUCCUGUCGAGCUGCUGGAUGACCCGUGGGCCGCGCCAUCGGCCCCUCCAGGCCCUCCGACCAAACAGCCUCCGAUAAUACCACAAGCCGAGACCAAUCCAUGGGCAUCAACCGCUCCAUCGUCUAAUGCGCCAUCGCAAAGACCAUCUCCACCACGGCAGGCAUCCCCUCUCCCGGCUCAAGGUAGUGUCGGGCCAUCAAAGACGCCCCCGAAUGUGCCGCCGCAGUCGUACAUGCAACCUCCCCCGCUUCCAACGGCGAGCAUGGUCUCGUUGCCAUCCGAUGAUGAGCCUGGCUGGGGGAGUACGAAGCGCGACAUGUCUAAAAGUCCUGUCCGACCUGCCGCAACGGUUUCAGAUCUUAGCCUAGCGGAAGACCGAGAUAUUUGGGGAGAUGUUUCUGCUCUGGACAAAGACAAGGAUAAAGGCAAGGCACCUGCCAUUCCACCACAAGAAAUGGCUGGGUCGAGCGAUUGGAAUCUCAUUGACGUUGAGUCUUUGCCUGGUCCCAAUGGACCGCCUCCUGGAUCCUCUCGUGGUCAAACACCAGGAGCAGCACCCUCAGAAGAUAACCCGGCGCUGCCCACUCGUCCGACCGAGGAUGACGCAAGAUGGACUUCGCCCAGACCGCCAGUAGAUGCGAAGGCGGAAACGUACCAGGUGAAGAACAUUCGCUGGCAAGACUCAAAUUCUUCCAAUGGAGACACCCGCGUGUCGCCCAUCCUUGUACAGAAUGCCAACGGGCCCUGCCCAUUGGUGGCCCUGGUCAACGCCCUCUCCCUGACAACCCCGCCAGAUCACAGCGAUGCUACGUUGGUGGAGGUUCUCAGAUCGAGGGAGCAAGUCAGCCUCAACCUUCUUUUGGAUGCCGUCUUCGAAGAGUUGAUGUCUCCACGACGACUAGGAGAGGAUGGCUCUCUGCCUGAUAUUACUGAUUUGUACGCGUUUCUGCAAAGCCUACAUACAGGGAUGAACGUCAAUCCACGGUUUGCUCCCUCUGAUGCUGUGAGGCAGGCGUUUGAGAGAACCACCCUGACCCAUUUGGAACCUUCCGAGAGGGGUACCUACAUUCCGGGUACCUUCGAAAACACGCAAGAGAUGGGUCUCUACGCUACCUUCAAGAUACCCCUUAUCCACGGUUGGCUCCCCCCACUCGGCGACCCGGCUUACGAGGCCAUGGAACGCCAGGGAGCUUCAUACGAAGACGCGCAAAACUUGCUAUUCCGUGAAGAAGAGCUGGAUCGCAAACUCUCAAACUCGAGCAUCGGUCUGACAGAGGACGAGCAGCAGCUCUACCAGGAUGUUUACACAAUCAAGGGUUUCCUGGAGAGUUCGGCCACGCAACUCACAUCCUGGGGUAUCCAGGUUAUCUCCAGAGCUAUCCGGCCUGGCACUUUUGCCAUUCUCUUUAGAAAUGACCAUUUCAGCACGUUAUACUGCCACCCGCAAACGAAACAACUGGUCACGCUUGUGACGGACUAUGGGUACCGUUCCCACGAGGAGGUUGUGUGGGAAAGCUUGGUGGACAUCAAUGGGGAGCGCACCCAGUAUCUUUCUGGCGACUUCAAGGUCGUUGGGUCGGACGCUUCAAGCAGUUUUGGAGGUUAUUCUGAAGGACAAGGUUCAGAAUGGACUACUGUGUCGAACAAACGUGGAAAGGCACGACAAACAAUAAGUGAGCCUGAAGCGGGCCCAGCACUAUCGGCCGCUGAGCAGGAAGACCGAGAUCUUGCCCUGGCAUUGCAGCUGCAGGAAGAGGAAGACCAAAAACACAGGGAAGAGGAGGCUCGCCGUAAGAGGGAGCAAGAGCUUUCAAACCGCGUCAUCGAGCAGCAAGGCCGCCAGCCAUACAGAAGCAUAUCUAACACUACCCCAUCUUCAUCUGGCAUGUCAACAGGCAUUGCUCCCGCGCGACGCAGCUCCAACAAUCUUAACGUGACUGUUGGGUCGAACAACACCCCUCGGACACCUCCCCGCCCGGUGACACAGCAGAUCCGCCCCAUGGUCCCUCCGCGCCGGAGUAACGUGCCGGCUACGAAUAGAGCCCAGGAGGAGGGUGCCGAUGCGCCGCCACCGUAUGAGCAGGCGGCCCAGUCAGAGCCCUACGUGCCUCCGCCUGGACAUCCCAACCACCCCGGGAGCUCACCAAACAUGUCUCGGCAGUCAACCAACGCCAGUAACAACGGCGCGUUCCCUCCACGGCAGGGCCAGCGCCUGCCGGGCCAGGCUGCGGCCGCGCCUGCAGCGUUUAGACAAAACCCAUACGGAACACGCGAAAGGGAUAGGGACUGUAUCGUGAUGUGA